CGAAUGAUAACGACUGCCCAGACAGCGUGCUACAUGUGUAUCCAGACACCCAACCUAACAUCUGUCGCCGAGCCUCCAUGGCUGAGCGUGAUGGGCGGUUCCGCGCCCCCGAUUCAGCAGUUCAUCUUUUCUACUACAGCGCGCAUCCUUGGUACCUGAUUACCUUCCUCUUUCCGUAUAGGGUUGACAGCUAUUCACUGUGUAUAUAGAGGUGACUGGCAUGGCGAUGAACAUGAUACUGCGUCGCCAGUCCGGAUUUCCUCCCCAACAGCGGGAACUUGCAUUUGUUGCUCUUUGAAAGCACCGAAUCCCUGAACCAUCAAAGCCGAUACUAUCCACGACCAUGAAGGGAUUCAUUGCUGUCUCCGUAGCUCUUGCGACAGUCGCUGGUGCUCUACCAGCGCCUGUGCCAGCGCCUCCAAACGUUCCAUCUGCCUCGCAAGCGCAGACACAGUUGAACGGCCUGACUGUCAAAGCCCAGGGGGCUCAGGAUGGUUACUCUCGUGAUUUGUUUCCGCACUGGAUCACUCAGAGCGGAACUUGCAACACUCGUGAGGUUGUCCUGAAGCGUGAUGGCACAAACGUUGUCCAAGACUCUGCGUGCGCAGCUAUCAGUGGCUCUUGGUUUAGUCCCUAUGAUGGUGCUACCUGGACUGCUGCAAGCGACGUCGACAUUGACCAUAUGGUCCCUCUAUCCAACGCAUGGAAGUCUGGUGCCGCAUCGUGGACGACCUCUCAACGUCAAGCUUUCGCCAACGACCUCACCAACCCUCAGCUCCUUGCUGUUACUGAUAACGUCAACCAGGCAAAGGGUGACAAGGGCCCUGAAGAGUGGAAGCCUCCGCUAUCUUCCUACUAUUGCAUCUACUCCAGGAUGUGGAUCAAGGUCAAGUCUGUUUACAGCCUGACCAUCACCUCCGCCGAAAAGACUGCGCUACAGUCUAUGCUGAAUACUUGCUAAGCGUAGCAUGAAGACUUCCAUUCACUCUGUAAAUACUUUCAUGGCGUUUCGAUGUUGCUGAGCAGGCUCCUGGCGUGAAUAAGCCCACUGAGGAAUUGCGAUGAAAAGAUCGCAAUCACUUCCUCCUCAAUCAAUAUAAAGAAAUA